AUUAUCUACGAAAUCAAAAGUUGAAAUUUUGUCAUAUAAUUUUAGGAAUGAAAUUUUGGAUAAAUCUAUGAUUUUUUGGAAAGUGAGGUGUAAUAAACUUAUUGAAAUUGAUAGAUGUUUGGGAAUUUAUAAUAAUGUUAAAAAACAACAUUUUGGUAAAGAGCAGUUUAUUGACAAAACGCGUAAAUCAAAAAAUAAGAAAUACUUUAAUCUACAAAGUCUUCAAAAUUACUAUAAUAUUGUUGAUUACGGUAGUGUUUCGUAGUAUUAUUUUUAUUAUCUUUGAUGUUGUAGUAGUAAUUAAAGGAGUUGUGGUGUGUUUUUAUAUAACAUUACCGAAGUCCAUACGAAUAGUAGUAGUUAUGCGGAUAGUUUAGUGAACCUAUUUGGGUGAGCAGGAUGGCAGAUAGUUCUUUUGAACAUAAAAUCUUAAGUCCCUAAUAAUAUUAUAGUAUAGUUCGAUCGUGUUCUUUACUAAAUGUUAUAUAAUGUAGAUCUUUUCCUUUUUUG